AAUGCAUGCUGUCAUUCCUCCUGGGAUUAGAGUAGUACGAGGACCGAACUGGAUUUGGCAAAAUCAAGAUGAAGGAGAAGGACACGUGGGUACUGUUUGCGAAAUCGGAAGAUUGGGAUCUGUACAUUCGCCAGAAAAUACAGUGGUUGUUAAUUGGGAUUCUGGCCAUAGAACCAACUAUCGUGUUGGAUAUCAGAAUCAAUAUGAUUUAAUAAUAGUAGAUAAUGCCCAAGUUGGCGUACGUCAUCCCAAUGUUGUAUGUGAGGGUUGUACUAAGGGAGGCAUAGCCGGUAUUGUUUUCAAAUGUGAACAGUGCGCCAAUUACUAUUUGUGUUCGAGUUGUUAUGGAGCCGAUUUACAUGAUAAAGGGCACGCCUUUAUAAGGUAUACGACACCUACAUCAUUAGGUGUACGUGUCCCUCCGCGAAAAUGCAGCAACCGGAUUCAAUUAAAAGGAAUAUUCGUUGGUGCGAAGGUGGUGCGGGGCCCUGAUUGGGAGUGGGGUCAACAAGAUGGAGGUGAAGGUCAAACUGGUCUGGUUAUGGAAAUACGAGGUUGGGAUAACGAAUCUUGUCGUAGUGUUGCUAAUGUCUCUUGGGCCUCUGGAUCUACAAAUGUUUACCGUCUGGGACACAAAGGAAAUGUCGAUUUGAAAUAUGUUGCUGCCACAACAGGCGGAUUUUAUUACAAAGACCAUAUGCCAGUUUUAGGCCAAAUAGAAGAGCAACAGCCCGUCGUUUCGACAGUAAAACCUAUGUUUUCGGUUGGUGAUCGUGUAAAAGUAUGUGUAGAUGUGGAUGCCCUUAUAAAGCUACAACAAGGUCAUGGCGGAUGGAAUCCACGAAUGAUGGAGCACAUAAAAAAAACAGGCACUGUUCACAGGAUAACAGAAAAAGGUGAUAUUAGAGUACAGUAUGAGAAUUGCCCAAAUAGAUGGACUUUUCACCCAACCGCCUUGGUUAAAGUUGUGUCAUUUCGUGUUGGAGAUUUAGUUACUAUAAUAAAUGAUGCAGCAAAAGUACAACAACUUCAGAAGGGACAUGGGGAAUGGAUAGAACUUAUGCGAUAUGCACUUGGGAAGCUAUGCAAGGUUGUUAAAGUUUAUUCAGAUGGUGACCUACGUCUGGAACAAUUGGAUGAUGGGUUCGAAUGGACACUUAAUCCAAAAUGUGUCAAGCUAGAAAGGUCUCCAAUAGCAACGGCCGCUGAAAGGUCAAAUAGUAUGAUGGAUUUAAGCAAUAGACGAACGGAUCAUGUAAUGACUCCUUUAUCUGGUCUGUCGGGGACAUCUAUGGCAGAUAAACUGGUACGGGAAGCGGCUCAUGGCCACUUCGACUUUGUAAAGCAAUAUCUUGAUAGUCAUCCAGAUCACGUGAAUGUAAUGAGUGGAGGCAAGGCGUCCAUUCAGGUAGCAGCCCAUCAAGGAUUUGUUGAAAUUGUAAAAUUAUUAAUUUCAAAAGGAGCUAAUGUUAAUAUAGUCGAUAAAGAAGGGGACUCUGCGUUACAUUACGCAGCUUUUGGAAAUCAGCCAGAAACAAUGCGCAUUUUGCUCCAAAAUGGCGCGGAUAAAAAUUUUCUUAACUCCAGUCAUUGUACCGCACUUCAUAUUUGUGCUCACAAAAAAACGCCACACUGUGUUCGAGAAUUAUUGAAUCACAAUGUCAACGUAAACAUACAGGACUCAUAUGGGGAUACGGCGCUUCACGAUGCUAUAGGAAAAGAAAAUUCAGAGGUGGUGGAAAUAUUAUGUAAUGCGCCAAAUUUAGACUUUACUGUUAAAAACAAUAGAGGAUUUAAUGUACUACAUCAUGCUGCGCUUAAAGGUAAUGUUGUGGCCACUCGUCGCAUCCUGCAAUUGGCUCGGCAACUCGUUGAUGUAAAAAAAGACGACGGUUUCGCUGCUAUGCAUUUAGCUGCGAUUAAUGGCCAUGCGAAUGUUGUAGAGACGUUAGUCAAAGAAGGACAAGCGAACAUCGACAUACGGAAUAAUCGACGUCAAACACCUUUUCUUUUAGCAGUAUCUCAAGGCCAUGUUGCAGUCAUUGAAAAACUUGUUAAUUUGGGCUGCGACGUUACCGCAAGAGAUGAGGAUGGCGACAAUGCUAUGCACUUAUGUGUGGUUAAGAAAAAUAAUAUUCUACAAGCUUCAGAACCAACUAUAGCAGAUUCACCUGAAAUAUUUGCGAUUUAUGAAAGUUUAUCUUAUAUACAUGAGGACCGGCUCAUGUACACAUUAUUAUGCUAUUUACAUCGGUUGGGCUGUCAAAUAGAGUAUAAUAAUAAAGGUGUUAAUAUAUUUGAAUGGAUUACAGAUGUAAAACAUAAACAACUUAUAUUAUCGCACCAACGACCUGCUCCAAUACCACCCGUUGAUGGAAACAAUUCUUCGACAUCCACUAGUGAUGUUUUACCUGCAAUUGAGCAAAUUGCGCACAACAUACAUUUAAUGUGUUUAAAAACAAACAUUCAACAUGGACCCAGAUCUGUUGAACCACCAGAAUCUUUGAGUGAAACAUUAUCAAUAGAAUCGACAUUAAAUUCACAAGCAACAAGCAAUAAUUUAAUAAAAACUCCACCACAUAAUGACGCAACCAAUGUUGCUUGCUAUGCCAAAAAACAGUCGACAGUAGUAGAUAAUAUAUUUGCUCACUCCUCACAACAAGAUCAAGUUGCAUUCAUAUCUACAACUUCUAUCCCCAAUUCGUGUAUAGUAUGUGAUGAAAAUUUGCCUUUAAUUAAAUUUGAACCCUGUCAGCACCAAAUAUCAUGUGAAGACUGCGGGAAACGAAUGAAGAAGUGUUUGCGUUGCGCUGUUCAUAUUGAAAAACGUGUUGAUGAAAAUGGUCGUAUUUUAGCAAAUUCCGAUUCUAGUACUAUUCCCGCUGUAGAACGCCUUCGAUACUUGGAAAAUAAAAUUCUUGAAUAUGAAGAGUCGCACUAUUGUAGCAUCU